UUUGCUAUCUUUGUCAUUUUACAGCAUCCUACAGUUAACAUUAAACUUCUCCCGGUGGAGCCACAAAGUAAACAGCUCAUGACUUCUGAUCAGGACGCUAAGGUUGUGGCUGAACCGCAGGGCCAGCGAGUCCAGGAAGGGAAAGACAGCGAUCAUCUGAUGAAUGGUCCCAUAUCUCAAACCACUUCUCAGACAAGCUCCAUCCCAGCUUUGAGUCAGGUACCAACAGCCAAGGUUUCGGAGCUAAACCCCAAUGCAAAAGUAUGGGGGACACCUGUGUUACAUUUGGAGGCAGGUAGUGCAUCAGACAGUGGUGUGAGUGCAGCCUGGGAGGACACCUCCUGCCAGCGUCCCAACUACAGCCAGGAGGAAUUGGAUGCCAAUGGUGAUGGUGACAAAAGUCAUGAAAAUGCAGCACUGUCAGAGUUACAGGAGUUGGACCAAACAGCCAUGAAUACUUUGGCUCUGGAUCACUCUGAAUAUGAGUCUCUGCCUGAAAACAGCGAAACAGGAGGAAAUGAGUCUCAAUCAGAAAGCCAGGAAGACCCCCGAGAAGUACUUAAAAAAACAUUGGAAUUCUGCUUAUCCAGGGAGAAUCUUGCUAGUGACAUGUACCUUAUAUCGCAGAUGGAUAGUGAUCAGUAUGUGCCAAUCACCACAGUGGCUAAUCUGGACCACAUCAAGAAGCUCAGCACUGACCUGGACUUGAUUGUCGAAGUGCUGAGAUCUUUACCUUUAGUCCAAGUGGAUGAGAAGGGAGAAAAAGUAAGGCCAAAUCAAAAUCGUUGCAUAGUAAUAUUACGUGAAAUUUCUGAAUCCACCCCUAUAGAAGAAGUAGAAGCACUAUUUAAAGGAGAUAAUUUACCAAAAUUUAUAAACUGUGAGUUUGCCUAUAAUGAUAAUUGGUUUAUUACAUUUGAAACAGAAGCUGAUGCCCAACAGGCUUACAAAUAUCUGCGAGAAGAAGUCAAAACUUUUCAAGGAAAACCAAUUAAGGCACGGAUAAAAGCAAAGGCAAUAGCUAUAAACACAUUUUUGCCAAAGAAUGGAUUUAGGCCCCUGGACAUGAGCCUUUAUACGCAGCACCGUUACACAGCGUCCUUUUACUUACCUCCCAUCUAUAGCCCCCAGCAGCAAUUCCCUCUCUAUAGCCUGAUUGCUCCCCAGACGUGGUCAGCAACACACAGCUAUCUUGAUCCACCCUUGGUAACUCCAUUUCCAAGUACUGGAUUUAUAAAUGGAUUUACGUCUCCAACCUUCAAACCCACAGCAACUCCUCUGGCUUCACUCAGACAAUACCCUCCAAGAAGCAGGCAAGUUGCGAAUCCUAGUAAAUCCCAUCUGCGCCACGCCAUUCCUAGUGCAGAGAGAGGAUCUGGGCUGUUAGAAAGUCCAUCAAUAUUUAACUUCACCGCGGAUCGGUUAAUUAACGGUGUGCGGAGCCCACAAGCAAGGCAGACAGGCCAACCUAGAACCCGCAUACAGAACCCUCCAGCUUAUGCCAAGAGAGAUACAGGAACCGGGCGGGUGGAGCAGAGCAGUCUUGAAUCCUCUCCUGGUUUAGGUCGAGGCAGGAAAAAUUCCUUUGGUUACCGGAAGAAAAGAGAGGAGAAGUUUACAAGGAGUCAGACCCAAUCUCCAACGCCACCAAAACCUCCAUCCCCAAGUUUUGAAUUGGGGCUGUCUAACUUUCCCCCGCUGCCUGGGGCAGCAGGCCACUUGAAGACUGAGGACUUGUUUGAAAACAGGCUGUCUAGCUUGCUGCUAGGAUCAAAGGAAAGGAGCCUCAGCGCAGACGCAGGCACGAGCACUCUUCCCACAGCAACCUCCAGAGAGCCCUCAGGGCCAGUCUCCUGCACCUUGUCUGUGGCCCAUGAACGAACCCCUUCCCCCGCCCACCUGCCCGAGGAUCCCAAGGUGGUGGAGAAGCCGAGGGAAGCCCUGAGUACAGACAGACUUACUUCCACCACCGCCAGUAAAUCGGUGCAGGUGAACGGCACCACCACGGAACUGCGAAAACCCAGCUACGCCGAGAUUUGCCAGAGGACAAGUAGAGAGCCUUCAUCCUCCCCAUUGCCACCCCCAAAAGAACAAAAGCCAAACACUGUUGGUUGUGGGAAGGAAGAAAAGAAGCUGGUGGAGAGAGAGCUCCCUGUCCCCAAGUCCAACCAAGGACUACCCAGUGACCAGAGAAGGCCACCAGGCCGCCGGCCUUCACCCCCGCCUGCAGGGAAGCAUUCACACAGAGAACAGAGCUCCCCUCCCAGGUCCCCUCAGUGAGCGCCGAGGUCAGGGAGGGCUGUGAGGAGCUGAGGUCGCCACAACUAAGCACUGUCCCACUCGGUACCGAGAAUGAGCCGCUGGUUAGGAGCUUGCAGUGUAGACAAGGCCCAUGAGAUGCCUGCAAGUUAUUUUCUUCUCAGUCGGAUGUUCCCCCCUCUUGAAAAAAUCUAUUUUUCAGGAUUUAAUUAAUAUAAACCUUAUUUUAGGUUGGUGCUUAACUGGAGGUGAUGCAUAAGUCUGAUUUUUUUCAGGAUAGAAAAUGCAUUUAUCCUAACAAAUUGAUAUUUUUUAUUAAGCCUCCAUGUGGCUAUGAAUGCAAGCUAUAAAUAGUGAGUUUUUCUAAAUUAAGCGGAACUGUGCUACUUUAUUUUUUAAAAUAACUGGUUAGCAAGUACAUAUCUCUAAGGAUGUCAAACCAACAGGCAAACGGGCGAAGCUGAGGGCUGUGAGUGUAGCCUGGAGGAGGGAUGGGUCAGAGGAUACCACACACUGGCCUGGGCCGUGUACUUAUUCAGAAUCCUAACAAGUGAUCCUAACUUUUUGUAAAAAGUACAGUCCAUUUUUUAUCUACUGGGCAGAAUAAAUCUGCAGAGAGCCCCUGAGAGCCUAAAACCUUGAGUUUCGAUGCACUGCAAGCAAGUAACCAGCUCCUCACUCCAGUCUCAGUGGCUAUUAAUGUAAGAUAAAUUCAAAGCACAUUGUGAAUAGAACUUAAAUGAAAACAUAAACUUUGUUGCCCACUGACAUGUUACCAUGACAUUGUACCCUGGUGGUGGUUUGUUCCCAUGAGCUGGCGGGAGGGCUGGAAGCCCAUAGGGCUCCCAAGUCUCCCACACAUUAGCCGGCUUCCAUGGGCGUCUCCCUGUACCUCCGCAUCGGCACACGGACUGAACAUUACUAAAUCGUGAGAGAAUGUGUUUGUGGUGCCCGGUGGUGGUGGAGGAUAAGAAUUCCCGCUCUCUUUACCUCCAAGAUGAGGGUCUCACUGAUUCCCUUCUGGAAGUGCUGCACUCUGAACCCGCAUGCACUAAAGCUAGCAGUUUAUAAUAAAGUUAAAUAUAAAUUAUUUUCUUUUAAAAUGCCUAAAUUUUUUCUUUAAGUAUUCUGAGCAGCAGACAGUAAACUAAGAGUCUUUCCUGCUAAAUGUAACCAUACAAGUUUAUUCCACAAAAUGUUAUUUAACAAGACUGAGGGUUUUUUUAAAAAAAGUUAUUUCCAUCCAAUAUUUAAAGACUUGAAUUUUAUUUAAACUUGAAAAUGACUUUGCCUUAACUUUUGUAUAAGACAGCGUAGAGUUCCUGGAGACCGGCCCCUGGGUUGGCGUGAGUGGAUUGCAGUUACUCAGUGAUGUGGGAUCUACUGGCACUAGUUUUACUGAGUAAACGUACUGGAGUAUGAGAACUAGCCGUCAUGUUUGUAAUAUACCUUGAAGAUCUUACACAGUUGAUCUUUUUUCAGAUUGUUGAAAAUCCUGUAAAUGCAAAUAGUCGAUACUGUAUUAAAUAUGUGCACUUGGGAGUGUGUGCUUUGCUUGUACAGUUGUAAAUAAUCAGAACAUAUUAAAAAGGUACCCUAAAGAGAAAAAUCUGAUAAAAAUUAUUGAUAUAUUAUAAAUGUUGCUAUUGAGCUGGAUGUAGAUAAACUAAAUGUUGUGGUUUGAAUAUUAUUUUAAUUUGUUGAGGUUUUUCUUCCCAUUUAAACUGGUGUGUUGAGCUGAUUCUGCCGCUUUGCUACUGCAGAGGGAAGUGGACAGUCUCAUGAAAGCCUUUGGAUGUGUCCAUGCUCUUCCUAAAAGUAUGUAAAUAUGUGUUAAUCAUAGCUGGUGUGAAAGGGUUUUUGAAGUGUAAUGUAGAAAGCAGAAACUGGCAGUAUCUUCCAGGGAAGUGAAAAAUAAUCUACUACUGAAAAUCACAGAUAGCCCAGCCUGAUUUACUUUGCCAGAGGAAAACGCCCUCCUCAGAGCAGCCAGCAUCCUUUAUACACCUAGAAGUACACCACAGUGCUAAUAUUGUGCAAAUGCCUGUAAAAGGAACGUGGAAAUUAUUUCUUUGUGGUUGCCAGAUAGCUGAUGAAAAAAUCAGAAAUAACUGACCUCUUCUGCCCGAACUAAUGAGUCCCAUAAAGAGAGUUAGAAAGGCAAGCUCCAAGCCUAGGAAUUCUUAGUGUUGUGAUCUUUGCUGGAGGAGGGAACCACGGUCAUCCCCAAAUGAUAUAAUGACAAAGCCUUUCUGUGAGGCAGUGCCUGCUGGUGAGUGGAGAGCCCAGCAGCUGCAUGCAGGAUGAAGGUGGUCACUGAACAGUCACAGCGUGGUGAGGCGUGCGCUGCAGCAACUGCUCCCACAGCCAGUCUAUGGCGUCUAGAAUUGAAACGUUGCUCUGAUGGAUUUUUAUAACAUCCAUUUUAAUUAAGCAAAGUGAUAUGCCAAAUAACUGUAUAAUGUCCUAAAAACCUUCCUGAUACUAUCCUUUAGAUUUUCUACACAGAAAAGAAUGAGAGUUGGCACAACAGGAAGCUGUGAUGCAAAUGGCUAGUAGUAUAUGGCUUUGUACAUUUAAAAAUGUAACUCUUUUUCCCCAGCAGUAUUUUGAGGUAUAGAAUCAGAGAUACAACGAUCACAAAUGACAUUUUAACUUGUACAAUCGUGUGAUGAUGAUACUUUGGAAAUACAGGAAUCUGGCCCCGUUUCUACAGAUAUGAAUUUCAAGUAUUGUAGUUGCUUCUUAAAGAGUUAGUGUCAUGAUGUUUCUGAUCAGGCCCUCCCCUGUAGGCUCAUCACCAGCUGUCACUAGCUGUAGUCAGGAGCGCUGCAGGUUAUGUUUCUCACAAGGUAAGCAGGUGAGGAGGGUGUGAGCUGUCAGUAGAGGUUACACAGAAAGCAGCAGACAAUCGAAGACUGAAGGAGAGCCAACAGAUGCCAGUUCACAAAACAGGAGCUUUCUUAGGAUUUUUAUUUUUGUUCUAUUUUCAUUAAGACUGGAAUCAAGCUUAUGUGUAACUAUUGGUAAUUUAAGUUUCCUUUUGUGUCAUUCAGUGUAAAACUGUCUAAUUUGAAAAAAUGUAGGUUAUGAAAAAUAAAGAUUUAGGCACUGUUCA